UUUUGUCUUGUUGAUUUUUGAUAGUUAGAUGAUUAGUUCAAUUUGCUAAUAUGUCUAUCUUGGUUUCUCAUUGGUAUUUGCUUUAUGCUUGGGUUUUGGUUUGUUGCACAUUGUUUACAAUAUUAAGAAGGUUGAUGACGCCCUCCAACUGUUCGAUGAAAUGCCACAAACAUAAACUCUAUGAUAUCCUUGUUAGUUUAAUUUAAAAUACUGAAAGAUUGGUUACACAAUUUGAUUAUUGAUCUGAAGAGUACUUAUUUUACUUGUUUUCUAUGCGAUUACGUGGCAUUUACUUCUUAGGGAUAGUAAUUAAAAUCUAUAAGGAAGCCUACAAAAGAAUGGAAGUAACAUUGUUGCGUUGUAGUUACUCAAGAUAUUGUUGGAGAAUGGGUUGUUUUCGAACUAGUGAAAGGUAAUUCACCUAUGAUUUGUUGUCCAAUUUGUCAUUGAAAUUGUGUGGUAUCAUGAUCAUGUUCUUUCAUGUUCGAUGGCUUUUUAGGACCUUUGAUUUUAAGAUGAAAGAUGGUCAUGGAUUUAGGGUUCAUGACAAAUUUAACCACACACCAACUUUGAAUUGAGUGUUGUACAUAUUUUUAGAGAAUUAUUAGUACAUGAAACGAAGUUAUAAACAUAAUCAACCAUACCUCUUUCAUAGCAUGUUGACAUAUUCUAUUAGAUGCAUCAUUCAUAAUCUACCAGUAGUCACAUUGUUUUAAUUUCAUUUGAUGAGUAUAUAGCAAUGUCAAUUUCAAUAAAUCUCGUGGUUUCUCUACCUAAUAAGUUGUUUGCCAAAUUGAUUUCAUAAACACUAAUUCCUAUAUCAUGUUAAACAUGUUUUCUAAAUUUCUAGCUUACACAUCAAGUUGCCUAAUGUAUUCCCAAAGUACUAAUCAAGUGCUAGCACGUAGCACGCUGUCAGUAAGAAGGUAGCCGGCUCCUUUCGAAGCCUAAGCCCAUUUCUUAAAUAAUCUUUAGUUUCCUCAUGUACAUUAAUGUACACGCUACAUUUGUAGUCCUUUAAAUCAUCCAUUUUUCCACAUAUCUAGUAAUUUGGUGCAUAUUUUUGUUGAUCGAAAAUGUUGACAUUUGAAAAAUGAUCUGUAAGUGCCCCAUGGUGAGUGGUAACUAGUGUGGUUCUCUUCAUUUGAAAACUCACGAUUCACCGGUAAAUCCUUGGUCUCCUAGAAAUGGUGUGUUUUGUCUGAUUUUUAGUUUGGGUGCAUUUUUUAGGUUUUUCGCCCUGGGGAUUAAGAACCCUCAGGAUCAGCCCUGGCCUGGAGUCAUCAUAGGUGAACCUCUAUAGCCGCAAGGGCUUUCACAACGCCUGGAUUCGAACCCAAGGAAGCAGAGUAGGGGAAGAAUCAAGCGAAUUGUUGUUUGUAUCGUGGAUCAAGUGCGCAUCUGGAAGUUGGCGUGUCUACCGCUUCCUGGUUGAGAGAUCAGUUAGACGAUUUUUAUCUGGAGGAAAGAAAUGGAAGAUUCUUCUGCUUCUGAAGAUGCCUUUUUUUCGAUUCCUCAUGGUGGUCCUAUAUACAUCUCUGAUAUGGUUGGUCCACUCACUAGUGUUUCUAGAUUCCAGUCAUGUGUUGAAGAAGAACUGAAGGAUAUCAGAAAGGAGCUGUGCUUGGACUUUACUGAACAACAUCAUCAUGAAAUUGUGGUUGAUGAACUUAAAAUCCUCAGUGAGGAGGAGUUGGUGGAUAUAGCAUUUCAAGCAUCACUCAAGGGUGGUAACUUGACAGGAGAUCGUUCACUAUCAUCAGAAGAUUGCUCCAACGGGACAAGGAAUGAUAGUAGAAACCUUGAUGUAGAUCUUUCAUGCUCUAUAAAAUCAAGAAGAGACGAGGAUUAUGAACCUUCAAAUUAUUUUCCAAAGAGAUCUAAGACAACCAGUGAUGAUGGGAAGAUGAAUGGAGACAUAUCUAAUAUGAGAAAAAGAGCGACACAAAAUGAUACGACCCAUGAAGAAAAUUAUAUGGCAGAGGUAGAGAAACUUGCUAGAAUUAAAGAAAAACAAGAAGAAGAUAAAUCAGCUGCGAGAUUGCAUUCUUUUAGUGGUGCUUGCGGGCCUGUUACAUGUGUGACUCCCUCCUCAGAGAAGAAAGAACGAAUGUCAUCCUUUAAUUCGACAAGUUACUCGACCAAGGUGAAACCAUCGAGUAAUCGUGAGAACAUACCUCUACAUAGUAGUGAGAUCCUUCUUUGCAUAGAGGUGUAUCAUAGUCGAAAAGCAUGGGUUAAGACUCAAGAAAUCUUGGUUCUUGGACAACAAUUAUUAACAGAACUCAGGGACAAAAUAUAUUGUUUGACAGAUGAAAUCAUGAAGUUAUCCAACAAGAACGAUCCAUCUGGAUAUUUUCUCAUAGAAGAUAUAUUUUAUAAUGAUUUGAGGGAAGCCGAUGCUAUAGACUACAGUAAGCCCAUACUUGAUUGGCUUAAAGUAUCUGAAAAAACUGCACUUGAAAAGUGGGAAUGCAUUAUAUCUGGUGAAUUGCAGCAAAAGCAGAAAGAACUUUUAGGCAGUGGAAAUGGACCAAAAUUGCCUCGUCUUAAAGCUCUUCCGAUGCAGGCAACACGCUUUUGUGAUUUAAGUUUCCGACUUGGUGCAGGUUAUCUGUACUGUCAUCAGGGUGAUUGUAAGCAUGUAAUGGUGAUUAGAGACAUGAGAUUAAUCCAUCCACAAGAUGUACAGAAUCGAGCCGCAUAUCCGUUGAUUAUGUUCCAAUCGAAGGUGCGUUUCCAGAAGUGCUCAAGCUGUAAGAUUUACAAAGCAGUAAAAGUGACCGUGGAUGACAAAUGGGCUCCGGAAAAUCCUUGCUAUUUCUGUGGGAUUUGCUAUUACAUGCUUCACUAUUCCAACAAUCAACUCAUAUACAACAACUUCAAGGUGUUCGAUUAUAUUCAUGAUUAGUUUCAAUAGGAUCGGGUUUUUUUCCAUUUAUUUAGAGGAUGAGGUUCAAGCGAAUGAUAACGGGUUGCCGGUUUGUGUCAAGUUAAAGGUUUUAUGCUACUUGCAUCAUGAGUUUUGUA